AGUGACUUGGCUGAAAGAACAUUGAUCCAAGACUCAGGCAGGGAAUUUCUCUCUUCACAGUGCCCUCCCUAUAUCGUUGAUGGGCUGUUCAAACCCACUGGUCACGACCAUAACUGUUCUAUCUACUGUGGCUCUGUUCCUGGUUUAACCGUCUCUCUAUUGUUUUCUAUCUCUUUCUCCCCAGAAGGCCAGGGCUUUGUGAGUGAGGAUGAGUACCUGGAGAUCUCUGACAUUAAGCGGGACCAGUCUGGGGAGUAUGAAUGCAGCGCCUUGAAUGAUGUUGCCGCACCCGAUGUGCGGAAAGUAAAAAUCACUGUAAACUACCCUCCCUAUAUCUCAAAAGCCAAGAAUACUGGUGUUUCCGUUGGCCAGAAGGGCAUCCUGAGCUGUGAAGCCUCUGCGGUCCCCAUGGCUGAAUUCCAGUGGUUCAAGGAAGACACCAGAUUAGCCACUGGCCUGGAUGGAGUGAGGAUUGAGAACAAAGGACGCAUAUCCACUCUGACUUUCUUCAAUGUCUCAGAGAAGGAUUAUGGAAACUACACUUGUGUGGCCACAAACAAGCUUGGGAAUACCAAUGCCAGCAUCACAUUGUAUGAAAUAAGCCCCUCAUCAGCAGUGGCAGGGCCUGGAGCAGUCAUUGAUGGUGUAAACUCGGCCUCUAGAGCGCUGGCUUGUCUGUGGCUCUCAGGGACCCUCUUUGCCCACUUCUUCAUCAAGUUUUGAUAAGAAACCCUAGGUCCUCUGAGCAACGCCUGCUUCUCCAUAUCACAGACUUUAAUCUACACUGCGGAGGGCAAACCAGUUUGGGCUUCUUUUUGUUCACUUGUUUCUGUUCUUCUUCUUGAUAUAUUUUUGGUUUUUUGUUUUUCCUUUUAAUCGUGAUUUUUUUUUCCAGUUGGAAUGAGUGGGGUUGGGGGGAGGGGUGGGCAGGGUUCUACCAUGUGUAGGAUAAUCAUUUAUUGGUGUGUCCCAAAAUGGAAUCUGCUCCUGCAAUCUUGGCCCUUCCUUUUUGUCUGCUUCUCUUCCCAUAAUCACUACAAGCAAGCAACUUUCAUGCACACAUACAUGCAGACACACACACACAAAUACACAUCCCAAAACAUAAGUUUCAAGUGAGCAAAGAAAAUGUGCCUCAUAAACACCCUGAAGACACAACUUGAUUAAUAAUAUGAUACACAGUAAGAGUUAUAUCCAUGUGUCUUGUUACUUCUGUCUCUUGAGCUUUGAAUCAUUUUCUUGAUUAUAAUGUACAUAUCUUCCAUCCAAAUGAUUGUCAAAUCUCAUUAGGGUCCAUAUCUUUUCUUUCUAGAGAGUUAUCUCACUAUAUCCAAAUAUGUGUAUUUGUGUAAGCCACACAUAUACACAAACAGACGCACACGUACAUAUAAAAUCUUGCCAACUUCUCUAAUCACUUUGCCCUAUUCAUUUUUCCACUAGCUAUGGGCAUUAGAAGCUAGGGGCUAUGCAUGCAACUAAAAUUUAAUCAUUUAGAAGUCAAAUGACCAAAAGAAAAACAACAACAAUUUAAAAAAUGGGGGAAGUAUAUUAAGGGGAGUACUUCUCUUUUACAACACAUAAAAAAUGAUCAAUAGAUGGCUGUUUAGGUUUUAUCAAGUGAUCUAUAAAAGUAAUCAUAUGGUUAUUCAUCUACUCAAUUGUCUGAUUUAUCUCUCCAUCCAAUUGUCUACCCACCUGUCUUUCUCUCUAGUGAUCUAUUUACUCUAUUUAUCAAUCUAUCAAUGUAAUUAUCUAACACGUUUUUUUAUUUCUCUCCCCACUACUAUCAGUUCAUCACUAUAUUAAUCUCUAAUCAUAUUUUGUCUAUUAUACUUCAUUUUGUCUCUCCUCUACCAUCAACAGACAUUGGCAUCUUCAAAAUUUCCUAUCAACUUAUCAUGUGAAAGCCAAUGAUCUCACAGGCUCACAACAUAGAAAAGCUGUACCCUGUGUCAUGGACUCUUUGGAAUGUGGAAACCCAUCCACCCAAAUUAAACCCUGUUAACAGAUGGACCAAAGUAGCAAUGUAAACCAGUCACUCACUAUUCCCAGGAGAAUCUAUAGUUCCUAAAACAUCUUCUUGGGAAGCAGAUCAGCUCUGGACAAACCUUGAUUAGUACUGCAUUUCCUCUUUCAUGCUCAAAGGAUUGUACUACCAACUUUCAUGCUUCUCUCAGCCUUUCCAGAAAGUGCAUGUCAGGAACUUACAAGACCUUCUUCAAGGCAGAUUUUCCUUAGGAGCAAGAACAUGAAGGAAAACACACAUCUGUGUCUGCAAUGUAAAGUCAGCAGUCCAUUCUCCAAAGUGGACUACUUCUAAGUGUUUCCUUUCUGGUCCCAGUUCUGGUUUGAUCUGUUUGAAAACUAUCCAGUAAAAAGCUGAUGGAGGCCAAUUACAUGGCGGGUGUGUUGACAACUCUGGUAUUUGUUUCAGGAAGCUCUUCUGAGCUGAGGGCACUUGAGCAACUGACUUAAUUUCCAAGCACUUGAUUAACACAACACUGCAAACAGAAGGGGGAAAGUGUAAGUGACACAGUUUCCUCAGAUACAGGCUGCUUCUCUAAUGGCUUUGGGAAGGAUGUCCCCAGCUUCCUGUGUUCAAACAGACCUAGCAUAUAAAGAAGAGUGGACUAGAUCUUUCCACACUCUCCUGGAACAAGAAGGACUCAGCCAACAAGGGAGCCUGAGAUUUAAAAAAAAAAAAAAAAAAAACAGCAUAAAAACCACAUGAGGGCAUGAGAAAGAGGGGAUGCUUUUCUAUGCAUCAAUAAUGACUUUCUUACAGACCUGCCCUGCCUCAGUUGGAAAUCUUUUUCAGGCCUACAUCAUAGAGAAUAAAUAUGAACUCUAUAAUAGAGUUCCAUUCCCUUAGUGCUUAAUUGAUCUCUUCCUCCAAUGUAAGUGCCCUCUUUGUGUUUUUCUGCUAUGGCAACAUGAAUAUGACACCCGGAGUGGGGAAAUAUAUGUACAAUUGAAGACUGCCUUGGCAUAUGGAAAGCUAGGCACUGUCACAAGAAGUAGAGCUAAUGGGAACAAAAUUAAUAUUGCAUUUGCCAGUUGUCAACAGACAUCUUUUUUUCCUAGUGUGCUACUAGGAACCAGGUUCUGGGAAUAUAAGUGAUGUGCCGAAAAGAGCCUUUUGAUUACAACUUCCAGAGACAAUCAUGAACCGGCACAAACUCAGAAUUAAGGUCGGGCAUGGACAUUUCAUAUCUAUUCCCACACUCAGCAUCUGGAGUUGGGUUGGUGUCAGACAUUUUAUGAGAAAUAAAUGUGUCAUUUGAGUGUUCUACUGGUACUAAAUUGUUACUUUGGAGUAAAAUAAAUGUAAAGGCUUUGGGGAGUGGAUGGUGUUGGAGAACAUGGUGCUUGGAAUGGACAACUUGUACCUGUUCCUCACUCUAAGAACUGUUAUGUUGCAAGGGGUCCAUCCUCUGGCCAAGUAUAUCAUUGUAUGCUUUCAAACCCAACAAUACUGGGCUUAAGGUCACCAUGGAACUCUGUUCUGUCUUGUUCCACUGGAUAUUAGGAAACAUCUCUGAUGGAUACCUAUUCCAGCCAUGUUUCAGAGUGAAAAGUAUGCUAAGUCCAAUCCUCUUCUUUCUAAAAUACAGAAAACCAAGAACAUAAGACCCAAGGCAACUGGGAUACUGGAAGUGAAAUGACUUUUCAUUACAAUGGACAUAUUCCAGCUUCUGUAUUAUUUGAAUCACUUUGGUGGGAAUGGCUCCAUGGGAUUAGAGCUGUUGCCCAAUAUCUUGAAGUAUAUAGUAAAUGUUUACUAAAGAUGGCAUCCACACUUACACAUGCUUUUUCAACAUUACAUAUGAAGGGUGGGUGGAUAAGCCCUGCUGGACAGAUUUGUUCGGAGUGCCAAUGGUGGGGGUAAAAAGGGGAUAAGGGCAGGAAAAAGAAAUAUGUCUCUGGGCAAUAUAUCAUUUGUGGGUUUACCACAUACAAAGGAAACCAAGUGCAGCUUAUCAGAUUAGGUGAGAAGAAUUCAGCAACAGCAGUUAUUUGAAACCCUUCCCUUUCCCCAAAGUUAAUAUGUACUACCACCAAAGUAAUGCCAAUGAAAGUGCUAGUGUUAAGGCUCCAGCCAAGCUGUUUUUUCAGUAGUUUAAUGCCAAGUGCCUGAUACAGUCAUCUGCAAGUCUAAACAAGUGAAUUUAGUUUUUUCUUAUUCUUGUUUUAUUGGGGAGGGUGAAGAUGUAGGGGAGCAGUUGUCAAAACAUGCACAUAUUUUUUAUAGAGAGUACACUGCACAGUAUUUUAGCUGCAAGUGUGCUCAAAAUGAACAAAAGAAGAGGGAAGAUUCGGUGUUGCAAAGAAGAAUGGGCCUCUCCCCUCUGAAGUUCACACCUCUUACUGGAGGAUACUUUCCAAGUUAGGCUGUUAAUUGGGAAGUGUACUCUGAGACUCUUGGGGAUCCAUGAUGGAGGCAAAUGUCAGGGUCUGAGUCUGCAUUAAACCUGUCAACUUGCCCUGAACAAGGAGGAGGUAGCAAGUUCUAUUUACAUUGAAGAACUAUUACAUCAAAAGAGCAGAGAAUUCUAAAGUGGGCAGUUGAUCCCAGGGAGAGCUUAUUAGUAACAUGACAUCACAAGUGGAUAGAAAUUGAAUAUUUGUGGUGCCAAUGGGCAAAUUUUCUCUGUAGUUGUUACAUGGCUGCCCCAUCAUAGAAAGAGGGAAGGGAGAGGCUUAAAAUGAAGGACCCCUGGUGAAGAGUUUCUUUCCCCAGUUGGACCCUGAGUUCUCACUGAGAAAGUAAAGCUGGCUUUGAAAUACCAGGACCAGCACUCCCCCAACACACCCUCACCACAAACAAUAUUAACUCCCUUUACAAUUAGGGGAAGCAACAAAGUUUUUCUUUUGUGUAAAAUGCAUUUUUUUCUCUAAUGGCAAGAAUCUGUUAUAUUUAUUUUGCACAACCCCCAUUCCUGGAAAUUCUCAUACCCAAUUGCUUCCCCUCCCAUCAAGGCUUCUCUGUCUCUUUCUUUUAAGACAAAUAAGUUUGAACAGUUGCGGUAAAACUUCACAGGUGUGUAACUAGGAAGACAACAUUUUGAAAGAGAUGCCAUAUGAUGAGGACUCCUAAUGAUCACUAAAAGCAAACAAAUAAAAAUGCCAGUCUCAUUUCCCUCAUUUCUUCCUUAAGAGAAGAGAAGUAAAUGAAAGGAAGAAGAAAUAGUUUUGCAAUUAAAAGAUGUAGCAAAAUGAUAUGGGUGAACCAGUGCAAUUUAGCCUUCAGGUGCAAAAUACUUUGAGUCCAAAGGAAUGUGAGGUGGACUUAAUUAGAUGCAAUUGUCUUUAUCCUGAAAGUUGUCAGCUAAACCUAAUUUCCAGUAUUUUGAAACAGAUUCCUUUUACCCCCCCAAUGGUGCCCUUUUAAGGCACAUAGUUAUUUCACACCAUUGGGUAGAGAAAGAAAGAUUGUGGACCCUUUACCAUCCUUGUGGGACUACAUUCUAUGUUAUUUGGCAGAUGUAUAAGGAUAUCAAUAAUCACAAUGAUAAGUAAUAAUAGCUGCCCUUGCAUUAGUUAAAGGGAGAAUUUUUAAUCAUUCAGAAAAUUUUGUGACAUGUAAAGUGCAGUUGUGAGGAAUGUGUGGGUGUACGAAAAUGUAUCUGUCAAGUUCAGAGUCCUCUAGGUUUUAAAAAAAUAUAUAUAUGACUUAACAAUGGUGCCGUUAUAGCCGUGUCCAACAAUGGGUGUGCCCAUUUUCACAAUGAUCCUUAAAACAAAUCUAUGUUCAAAUGCUUUAAAAAUUUAUCACAUGAUAAAGGAGUAUAACUUUGUCAGCCUUCUAGAGUUAUUUUUCCUUUUACUUUCUUUCUUAUAUAUUUUUCCUUCAAAUUUCAAUGAAGACUUGAUUUCUGUCAAUAAUUGUAUCAAGGGUGAAUAUACUACCUGAAUUUUGUGCAUGUUACAUUGUAGUUGUAACCUUUUCUAAUUCAGGAUGAAUAUGAGAUGGUUGUGAUUGUGCAGUGUAUCAAUAAAGUUUGAAGAACUUUGUAACUUU